UUUGCUUCAGCAGAAAAAUCAGGUCUUUCUUACCACCUUUUACAUCUCAUGGAGGCUCUAUUCUCCACUCUCGUUGUCCUGCUAAUAUGCAUCUUCUUUUACCAUCUCAAGAGAUCAAAAAACAAAAAAUCCACCACUCCUCUUCCUGAAGCAAAUGGUGGUUGGCCUGUAAUCGGUCACAUGCUUUGCUUCCGUAGCCCCAAGCCCUUCCAUGACAAGCUGACUGAAAUGGCUGAUGAGUACGGACCAGCUUUCACUAUUAGAAUGGGUUCCCAUAGAAUUCUGGUUUUGAGUAGUCUUGAAUUAGCCAAGGAGUGUUUCACUACCCAUGACAGAGUUUUCUCCAACAGACCAAAUCUUACUUCAUCAAAGCUUAUCGGCUAUGACCAUGCCAUGUUUGGUAUAACUCCUGACCAGACUUACUGGCGCGAUGCGCGAAAGAUGGCUGUUGGCAAGCUCCUCUCCAACCGCCGGCUUGAUAUGCUUAGCAGGAUUCGAGCUUCGGAGGUGGAGAUGGCCGUGAGAGAGUUGUACAAAAAUUUUAUUGACAAUGGUGAACCUAAAAAUGGGGUUCUAGUUGAUAUGGAGAAAUGGGUAGCAGACAUGGUCAACAAUUUCUUUGUGAGACUUUUGGGAGGGAAGCGAUACUUUGGAGCUAACCCUGAUGUCGAAGAAGGAGAGGCGAAAAGAUGUCGAAAACUGGUGGAAGAUGUUUUCCAUGUUUAUUUCAUGUCUUUUAUGUUCUCUGACCAAAUACCAUAUCUGGGUUGGUUAGAUAAUUUGAUCGGAAGUAAGAAGGCGAUGAAAGAAUAUGGCAAAGAGAUUGACAGUCUUGUUGGAGGGUGGUUGGAGGAGCACAAGCAGAAGAGACUUUUGGGUGUGAAGGUAAAGGAGCAAGAAGAGGAUUUCAUAGAUGUGAUGCUUAAUAAUCGGGAGGAGCUAUCAAAGAUGUCUGAUUAUGCCCCGGACACCAUUAUUAAGGCUACUUGCAUCAAUUUCAUGGGAGCAGGAAGUGACACAAUACAAAUAGGAGUGAAAUCAGCUUUGCGGUUAGUAAUCAACAAUCCUGAUGUGCUAAGGAAGGCUCAAGAAGAGUUAGACACACAUGUUGGCAAGGACAGAUGUGUUGAUGAAUCUGAUAUCAACAACCUGACAUACCUCCAAGCCAUUGUUAAGGAAGUUCUUCGUCACGACCCACCAACCCACCUAAUCGGACUCCGAGUCUCCACGGAAGAUAUAACCCUGUCGACAGGUCAACACGUUCCGGCUGGUACAGACUUGAUUAUAAAUUCAUGGAAAGUUCACCAUGAUGAAAAAGCAUGGUCGAAUCCUAAUGAGUUCCAACCUGAAAGAUUUUUGAGUGAUUACAAGGACAGGGAUGUGAAGGGUCGCAACUACGAGUUCAUCCCGUUCGGUUCUGGACGUAGAGUUUGCAUCGGAAUGUCGUUGGCAAUGCGAAUGCUGAGCCUUAGUCUUGCCUCCUUAUUGCAGAGUUUUGAAUUCUCUAAGGCAGACAGCUCUGGAUUGAAAUUUCGCCUGAAACCGCGUCUUGAUCCUAAGCUUUACGUACACUAGACCCAUGAUGAACAACAACACUUACACAUGAUGUAAUAAUGCUACUGUUUUCUGCUUAAGGAGUACGUGUGAUUUUAUCCCUAAAGAUUUAUAUAAUAGCAAAGGAUUUCUUUUCAUUUUCCAUA